AUGGAGGAAAUAUACACGAGGACAUUGGCGAAGGUUUUAACGAAGUUUAAGUUCGAAAUUAAGUUAAAGGAGGAACAACAGAGUGUUUUAUUUAGUAUUUUAGAGAAGAAGGAUGUCUUUGCAUUGCUACCAACUGGCUUUGGCAAGUCGAUGACAUACAUUUUGAUGCCAUUGCUUGCAGACGAGGUAAUUGAAGGGGGAGCACCAAGCCACACAGCGCUAGUUAUUUCACCAUUAAGAGCCUUAAUGAGAGACCAGGUUGAUUUUUUAGAACAGCAUGAUGUCGGUUCCAUUGCUCUUAUGGACACCACUCAAGUCAAAGAUGUUGCUGACAAGCAUUACAGUAUGAUUUUUGCAUCACCAGAAGCAGCUAUACACCAAAGAUGGCGAAAAGUACUAAGGGAUUGGCUGAAACCAAGAGUGUGUGUUCUAGUGUUUGAUGAAGCUCACUGUAUUUCAUCAUGGGGACUGGACUUUAGACCAGCUUAUCGGAAGGUAGCAGGAUUACAGAGUGUUAUCAAUACCUGUACAUUGGUACUUACAGCAACAGCAACAAGAAAGAUCCAAGAGGAUAUUUACAUGACCCUUGGCUUUGAAUCGGACACCACGAAAGUUGUUGCAGUCUUGCCGGAUAGGCCAAAUAUUUUCUUGAACAUGAAGAAUUCAACAGAAAAAUUUGAAGAAGAGUUGGAUUGGAUGGUAGAACACAUAAAGGGAAAUCAGAGUCAAAGAAAAAUUUUGGUUUAUGUCAGAUCAAUUAACACAUAUAACAUCUAUUUGUGGUUAAUAUCAUCAAUUAAGGACAGAUUCUUUGUGCAUGGAAUGCCAUCCCUGGAGAACAGAAGAAUAGAAAUGUAUCAUGCGAAUACUGAUGAAGAGAGCAAAAGCAGAAUAUUGACUGAAUUUUUGAAGCCUUCAGGAAAUGUGCAAGUUGUCAUUUCUACAGUUGCUUUUGGAAUGGGGAUUAAUAUCCCUGAUGUUGAUAUUGUAGUUCACUGGGGGCUGCCCACUUCAUGUUUAAGCUACUGGCAAGAAGUUGGACGAUGUGCAAGGGACAGCAGAGUUGGACAUGCAGUAUGUUAUGGGUUCAAAAGAAGUGUAUCCAAAUGUGAGGACGAAAUGAAAGACAUUAUAAAACUCAACUCAUGUGUCCGUUUAUCAGUACUGAAGAAUUUCCAUCUGCGUGGAAUGAGUACCAGUGAUUUUGAUACCAUGAAGGAGAACAUCAUUUGCAAUGGUGAUUGUGAGGAAGUUUGCAAUUGCAAGAAAUGCAAAUGUUGCAGUGUGUGCAGCAACCUUUGCAACUGCCCCCGCCGCUCAAAAGACCACCUGCUAUCAUUCUUGACUUAAUUCUUUGGUUGUACAUGAUAAAAUUUGUGACUGCAUGUACCUUACUUUUGUAUGACAUUAAAUGAUUGCAUUAGAUUUCCUCUUUAUUUUUAGCAUUGUAUCUUUGUAACAUUAUCAUUUGUUCUAACUUUAACUGGC